GACGCCAUUUUUGCACCAUCUUUUUCAUUCGAUUAUUUACAAGUGAAAAUUCUAUAAAUUCCCAGUGAAAACCGUCUCAGAUCGGAUGGAAAAUAUGCUCUAACCAUGGAUUCCGCCUUCCUGCAGUUCAUCGAGGUGGACAACUUCAAGUCCUACCGUGGCAAAGUCACGAUAGGACCGCUGAAAAAGUUCUCCGCCGUUAUCGGGCCAAAUGGGUCUGGAAAAUCCAACUUCAUGGAUGCUAUCAGUUUCGUGAUGGGAGAGAAAACAACCAGUCUGCGUGUGCGGAAGUUGAACGAAUUGAUCCAUGGUGCCUCGAUUGGGCGACCCGUUUCCAAUCGAGCCUCGGUGAUGGCAAAAUUUAUCAUCACCGACCAGGAGGGCAAUCAGACGCACAAGAGUUUCCAACGUUCGGUGAUUGGGUCUUCGUCGGAGUACCGAAUCAACGGAAAUGUGGUAGUAACGAGCGUCUAUCUGCAGGAGCUGGAGCAUAUAGGAAUAAACGUGAAAGCGAAAAACUUCCUGGUUUUCCAGGGAGCGGUUGAGAGUAUUGCAAUGAAAAAUGCCAAGGAACGAACAGCUUUGUUUGAGGAAAUCAGUGGGUCGGGUUUGUUGAAGGAGGAAUAUAAUAAACUGAAGCAUGAUAUGCAGAUGGCAGAGGAGGAAACGCAGUUCACUUAUCAGAAGAAGAAGGGAAUUGCAGCCGAGCGCAAGGAAGCCAAACUGGAAAAGCAAGAGGCAGAUCGUUAUGCGCGGCUGAAAGAUGAGUAUGCUGACAAGCAGAUACAGUAUCAACUUUACAGGUUGUAUCAUAAUGAGAAGGAAACCAAACGACUGUAUGAAGAUAUGGAAAGUAAGCAGCAGGAUUUGUCGCUGAUUGAAAAGAAGAAGGAGGAAGCAGACGAUGUGCUAAAAGAGAAAAAGAAAGAGGCAGGAAAAACCGCAAGGGAGCUGGCUAAAAUAGAACAGGAGAUUCGUGAGGUAGAAAGUGAAAUGAGCAAGAAGCAUCCAAUGUUUAUUAAAGCAAAGGAGAAGGUAGCACACACUAAGAAGAAGCUUGAUAGCGCAAUGAAAACAUUGGAGCAGGCUCGCAAGGCGGACGAAGCACAUCAAGCUGAUAUUCGUAAGUUGGAUGACGAACUGCAAGGUAUCGAAAGCAAGAUGAAGACAUUUGAAGAUGAAAUUGCUGGAGAGUCGAAAAAGCGUGGCAGUAAUGUUCACCUAGAGCAGAACUUGGUUCAGGAAUACGAUCGAUUGAAGCAGAAAGCUGAUGCAACCUCCGGUAAAUAUCUAAUCAAGUUGGAUUCCGUCAAUCGGGAGCAAAAGUCCGAUCAAGAUUUGUUGGACAGUGAGACGAAUAAGAAGGCUCAGAUUGAUGAAAAUUACAAAAAGUAUCAAUCGGAGAUGAACGAAGCCAUCAAGCGUCAGGAAAAACUGAUCGAUCACAUUAAAGCGAGCAAAGUUGCUCUGGAAGAGCAAAACCGAAUGAAGCAAGAGCUCAGCCAGGAUGUUGGUUCGUCGAAAGAGCGAAUUAUAGAGCUGCAAGCUGAGUUGGAUGACGUCCGAGAGCAGUUGGGUGAUGCCAGAAUAGAUAAGCACGAAGAUGCUCGUCGCAAGAAGAAACAGGAAGUGGUCGAAUUGUUCAAACAGGAAGUACCGGGGGUAUACGACCGCAUGAUCAACAUGUGUCAACCUACACACAAACGAUACAACGUAGCCGUAACGAAGGUGCUUGGCAAGUAUAUGGAAGCCAUCAUUGUCGAUACGGAGAAGACCGCCCGCCGAUGCAUUCAAAUUCUGAAGGAAAAGAUGCUGGACGUGGAAACAUUCCUUCCAUUGGACUAUCUUCAAAAGAAACCACUCAAGGAGCGACUUCGAAACAUCGAAGAUCCGCGUAAUGUUAAGUUGAUCUAUGAUGUGCUCAAGUUUAGUCCCCCGCAGAUCGAACCGGCAGUUCUGUUCGCCACCAAUAACGCUCUAGUGUGCGAAACUCCGGAUGACGCUAUGAAGGUUGCGUAUGAAAUCGAUCGCAGCAGAUACGAUGCACUGGCAUUGGACGGAACAUUCUAUCAAAAAUCCGGCAUCAUUUCCGGUGGUAGUCACGAUCUUGCUCGCAAGGCCAAACGCUGGGACGAGAAGCAUAUGGCUCAGCUUAAAGCGCAGAAGGAAAAGAUAACCGAAGAGUUGAAAGAAGUAAUGAAGAAAACGCGCCGUCAAGGCGAACUGACCACCGUUGAGAGCCAGAUCCGGGGUCUCGAGAAUCGACUCAAGUACAGUCAGAACGAUCUGGAUGCAUCGAAAAAAACCAUCAAGGAAUACGACCGAAAGUUAGCAAAACUGCAGGAAGAGUUGGAUCAGAUUGGUCCAAAGAUUAGCGAAAUCGAACGUCGCAUGCAGCAGCGUGAUUUGAAGAUACAGGAGAUCAAGGAAAACAUGAACAACGUCGAGGAUGACGUUUAUGCCGAGUUUUGCGCCCGUCUUGGAGUGGCUAAUAUUCGUCAAUUCGAAGAACGAGAGCUAGUGCUGCAGCAGGAAAGGGCCAAGAAGCGUGCCGAAUUCGAACAGCAAAUCGAUCGUAUCAAUAACAAUUUGGAGUUUGAGAGAUCCAAGGACACUUCCAAAAAUGUACAACGAUGGGAGCGCGCUGUCCAGGACGAUGAGGAUUCACUUGAGACGUUCAAGCAGGCCGAAGUACGCCAACGGCAAGAAAUCGAGAAAGAUCGGGAGCGCAUCGAAAAGAUGAAAGUCGACAAGAAUGCGAAGAAGGGCGCCGUCGAUAGUAUGGAAGAGGAAAUGGCCAAAGCCCGUCGAGACGUUCAACAGCAAGCCAAGGAGUUGGCUGUCGUUAACCAGCAAAUAUCCGGCAUCGAAGGCAAGAUCGAAACGAUGAAAAACAAGCGGCACAACCUGUUGAUGCAGUGCAAAAUGGAUGCAAUCGAAAUACCAAUGAAACGGGGCAAGAUGAAUGACAUUGUCGAAUCAGCAGCUAACGAUUCGGAAACGACUCCCCUAAGUACGGUCUACGAGCGUGAAGCUAAAAUCGAAAUCGACUACAGCUCCUUGUCGAAGAACUUGACAAAUCCAACGGAACCGGAUCAGGUCAAGAAGGUUGGCGAUGGUUUGGCAAGGGAGCUGCAGUCAAAACUGGACACAUUGGAGAAGAUUCAAACACCGAACCUCAAAGCGAUGCAAAAGCUAGAUCGAGUAACGGAGAAGAUUCAAACCACAAACGAAGAAUUCGAGGCGGCCCGUAAGAAAGCCAAGAAAGCUAAAGCAGCUUUUGAGAAAAUCAAGAACGAACGGUGCGCACUGUUCACAAACUGUUGCAACCACAUUUCCGAUGCAAUCGAUGGCAUUUACAAGCAGCUGGCACGUAACGAAGCAGCCCAGGCCUAUCUCGGGCCGGACAAUCCAGAGGAACCGUAUCUCGAUGGCAUCAACUACAACUGCGUCGCACCCGGUAAACGUUUCCAACCGAUGAGCAAUCUGAGUGGAGGAGAGAAAACCAUCGCUGCGCUGGCCCUGCUGUUUGCCAUUCACAGCUUCCAACCAGCCCCAUUUUUCGUGCUGGACGAGAUCGACGCUGCGUUGGAUAACACAAACAUCGGGAAGGUGGCUUCGUACAUACGAGAGAAGUGCACCAAUCUGCAAACGAUUGUAAUUUCGCUGAAGGAAGAGUUCUACAGCCAUGCCGAUAUAUUGAUUGGUAUCUGCCCUGAGCCGGCCGAAUGUCUCGUUUCACAGACGCUGAUCUACGAUUUAGAACAGUUUCAACCCCAUUCCUAGACGUAGGGACAAUUAUA